CUGACUCAGGCCUCGACUUAUGCUUCGUAGUUCCAGGGUCGUUCAAAUUGAUCUCUUGCAAAUUCAGCUAUGACUAGGAGCCGACACCUACCUACAGACUAUCACAAAUAGGAUGGCUGCAAAGUUCGUCCUCCGCAAUGUCAGAGCAAUCACCAUGGCUCGCCGCGAAACAUUUCUAGAUUUUUUCGAGCUAAUUUUCCUCAUAAUGUUGUCCUUGAUUAAUUUAACAGUGAUGCUCUUGUCGCGUUUUAUACGCUCACUCCCUUACGUUCUUUACCCUUACCUUCACCCAGUUGGGUUGGUUACAUUAGUUGUGACCCUAUUUUCCCAGAAAUUUCUGCAAUUGACAUUCCUGAUCUGGAGCUAUCCUCGAAAAUUCAUGCUUUUCCGCAAGCUUGAGCAAGCGAGGACAUUUGAAGAGUGGCGAGACGUUGCGGUUGCUUUGGAUGAUAUUUUUGGAUUGAGUGCAUGGCGCCGGGAGCCGGAAAGUACCUUGUAUAAUUAUCGGAACAUCACAGAACGACUGGAUAAGCUACGCAGGGCAAAGGAUAUAGAUGAUCCUCGAGUAGUAUGCAAUACCAUCCGGACAGGAUUAAUUCGGAACAUGGUCAAUAUCGCGGUGCCAGAACUAUACAAUAAAGCUUUUGCGGGGACAAAGGACUUGAUUGAAAGCUACGCAGCCCAACAAGUGAUAUCCCUGCGUUAUGUGAUGCAGCUACAGACAAGCCCACCACAUCACACUGGCUUCAAUACUCAAGCCAAGCUUGAUUUUAUACGUGGUGCAAGGCAAGGCUUGGGUAGGUCAACUUUGCUGUUUCAAGGAGGCUCUAUCUUUGGCGCCUGUCACAUCGGUGUUGCGAGGGCUCUAUAUCGUGAAGGAUUACUCCCUCGCGUGAUAACUGGGACGGCCACAGGAGCUUUCGUCGCAGCUCUAUUAUGCAUUAGAACGGACAAUGAACUAGAGCGGUUCUUUGAGGGAGAGUAUCUUGACAUAAUGGCUUUCGAAGAACCGAGAGCAUAUCAUAGCCUCGACUGGUUCCGUAUAUUUUCUCACGAAGACGGAUAUGGUUGGUUCCAGAGUCUCCUCCGCAGAAUUAUACGCUGCUUAAAUGAGCACUACUUUCGGGAUCACAUCACAUUGCAAAAUCAUGUGCGAGCUGCUUUAAGAGAUAUUACUUUUGAAGAAGCCUACAGCAGGACUAAGCGUGUUCUGAAUAUAACUCUUGCAAUGUCGACAAUAGGAGGUGCUCCAAAUCUUCUAAAUUACAUCACGACGCCCCAUGUGCUCAUCUGGUCCGCUUGUUUGGCUUCCAAUGUGUCCUUUGCUGCCGAGGAAGAAGUCACAAUCUGGUGUAAAAGCGAGACAGGGAAAAUCGUGCCAUGGAAGCCAGUUGAUAAUCUCAAUCUUCAUUCGUGGCAUACGUUCCGUUGUCGUUCUAAGGAAUCGCCUCUGCGCCGCCUACCGGAGCUUCUGAAUGUCAAUCAUUUCAUUAUUUCACAAGCGCGACCCUUCAUUAUUCCUAUUUUUGGUGAGGCCACUCAUCGUCCUGGCGCCAAAGUUCUGGCUAGAAGGUGGAAGAUAUUCCACCUUCUAUAUACGCUUUCAAAGGUGGAGAUCCGCUGCCGCCUGAGACAACUAGAUAGCUUUUAUUGCUUGCCUAAUUUGCUCCGUUCAAUCCUUAUUGAAGAGAACAUUCCAGGUUCAUGCAUUGUGCUUUUACCACAGAUUUCGGUUCAGGAUUUGACAAAGGUCUUUAAUAAACCAACUAGGGAUACCCUUAAACACUGGGUCUUGAAGGGAGAACGGGGGGUGUGGCCGUCAAUGAGUUCGUUGAAAGUUCGCUGUGUGCUUGAAGUGGAGCUAGAAAGAGCUUUUCAAGAAUUGACGAAGAAACUGGAUAACAAUUUGCUCACCUGGUAGCUUAUUGCGAUGGAGCAGAAGGCCUGGCUGGGGAAUUAUUCAAGGGGUAUGGUUUUAUUGUGUAAUGCACACUUUUGCAUCAACAGAUUCGGAAGUGAGCCUUGGUUUUGAGGGCUUCGGGGCAUCAAUUUUUUGCUGCAUUAGUAUCAUCUACGGCGUACGCAGCAGCCAAUAAUUCUUCUACAGUGCUCUCUCUCGACGUUACGCAUUUUUGUGGUACUACAAAUACCCGGUUCGGAUUCCAAGCGGAAAAUUGGUAUUGUGUUUCUUUCAUUCUUCUUGGUAUUUACGCCCAGGUUCCCGAGCAUUGAGGGCUUUCAUGCGUCCAUGAUACAGGAUCCUUUGUUGAGUCCGCCGACACCGUCUACAUUGCUUCAAAGGAUCAAAUUACGGAACCGGCAGUGAUUUGCGGGCUAUUCAACUACGCCCAGGCUGAACGGUCUCUCGAAGCAUAAAUACCAGCCUGCAGGCCUCCCCAUGAUAAAUUUGAUAGAGCAUGUUUUCCUAAAGUGAAGACUUCGUAGGGGAGUUGCGUUGGGCCCGCGCAAUCGGCCUCUGAAAGCUCUUUUUGGAGAGCUUCCUUCACAAGCGGUACUCCUCCUCCUCCUUAGCCGCCAGCGGCAUACGAAGCGAAUCUUGCUAUUGGCAACAGUGGCAUCCUCGCCAGGGGUGUGUUGCGACACCUUUUCACCACUUACCAUAUGUGUGUUGUGGGCCUUUCAUCACUCCUUGCCACUGGGUCGAGGAAGCGGCACGCCCUAACGAAGGAUCGGGAUAGGGAUGUCACCUCGAUACUCCUUUGGCUUCGGGGGACUCGCUCCAACGGUCUCCCAUCGACGUGCGUUUUGCAGCGUCCCGAUGGAGAGACUGCGCAUCAGCAAUGGCUCGGCUUUUCAUGGGUUGUGGCUCGGCGGAAGCAUGACAAGUUGCUACGCAACCGGGUUCCUGGCGACUUCUUUGAAAGUAUAAUAUCCCGUUGGAAGGCGAGAUCAUUUGCCAAUGCAACGUUGCCUUUGCUCUCGCCUUCGCCUGUCGAUGUGAUCUAGAUACAGUAUCCCCG